UGAGGCUGGAAUUGGUCAGAUUAUUCCUGAGUGCUGGAGGAAAACAGAGAUAAAUAGAGCAGGGGCCGCCUCUAGCCCAGCACAACACAGAGAGCUGAUUCCUGUACCUCCCAAAGAUGGGGGUCAAACUUAGGGGGCUAUUAAUGCUCCCAUGCUUCCUGGCUGCUCUCAUCCAUGCACAAAAUGAAAUGGAUCAGAAAUCGGUGGAUUGCUACAGCUCCAUCGAUGGGACCAUCUAUGAUUAUGGGGCCACUACAUUAGACGGGACUCAGUUCAUCCCUUUCAAAGCGUACCAAGGGAAGUACAUCCUGUUUGUGAAUGUGGCCACAUACUGAGGUCUCACCAUGCAGUACCAAGAAUUGAAUGCACUACAAGAAGAAUUAAAAAACAAUAACUUUGUCAUUUUGGGAUUUCCUUCUAAUCAGUUCGGGAUGCAGGAGCCUGGAAGGAAUGAUGAAAUUCUUUUGGGACUUGAGUAUGUGCGUCCCGGGGGAAAAUUCGUUCCAAACUUCCAAUUAUUUGAGAAGGGAGAUAUUAAUGGACGAAAAGAACAGAAAUUCUACACUUUUCUCAAGAACUCCUGCCCCCCUGUUGGUGACAACUUUGGAAGUGCAACAAAUAGACUCAUGUGGGAACCCAUAAAGGUCAACGACGUCAAGUGGAACUUUGAGAAGUUUCUUGUGGGACCAGACGGCCGCCCAGUGAAACGCUGGCUCCCCCGCACACCUGUCGCCCAAGUGAGAAGAGAGAUCAUGUCCUACAUGAAGUUACAGCCGGGAACACAAAGACUUCUUAUGCUUGGAUUGGAGCAAAAAUAAAACCAUUGCAGUUGUGUCCAUGUUGUUCAAUCCAUGAUUGUAUGUUUGCUGUGAUCAUCUAUGUGUUUGAGUGGUCAGUUGGAGAUCUGAGGGAAUCUAUAAGCUAUCUGUAUGAAGGCCAAGUCAAAAAGCACUCAUGUGUGGGACUUGUCUGGAAACCAGUGCUGGGGCAGAUGCUACUUAGUGCAUUCAGGCAUCUGUGCCAGACUGGGAUAGGCUUCAUAGUGUUACCCUUAGCUUCCAACUUACCUCUUGAGCACUAGAAUAGAAUGUAAUGUGUGCCAAUAUUCAAUAAAUAAUAUUUGUUUGUAAACAGCC